CAUCAGCAUAGAGCCUUUGUUUCCUCAAGUGUGUGCGUGUCGGCCAGUGAUGUCCAGGCCCUGGAGUGAAGAUGAGCCCACACCUGUGGAGUUGGCCUCCAAACUCCUUUCUCUUCCUUGUCCCCUUCUCUUUCGAAGGCAGGAUAAAUUCAAACUAGUCCAACUUAUAAUGGAGUCGAGACAUUACAUCUUUGCCAUGAGGAACUGCUUCUAUCUGUUGCUGAGCUGCCUGCUGGCGGUUGUCCUGGCCCAACUAGUCUGCUGCUUGCUGCUUCUACCUCCAGCACUGACAGUCCAGCAUGUGCUGUGGCUGGUUGUGGUGGUGGUCCCAGCAUUGAGCCUCUCUCUCAUGGCCAAUCCUAAUGAGGCCAGGACUGUGGGAAUGGCAACACACAAGAACAUUAAUCACAUCAACAAACAGAUUAUAGUCGAGUUUUUUGUGCAGUUUUGCACCCGCUUUCUUCCGUCCAUCAUUGUUGCUGUUGUUAGUUUUGCUGUGGUUCUUCACUCUUUCUGUGAAAGCAUUCCCACAGGAAAGUGUCUGCUGUAUGAUUUUAG